CUUGAUGCGAAGCCACUAAUAAUACGGAACUCAUUUUACUAUUAGUUAAUUGGUAGGAAAUACAAGAUGUAUUCUUGCACGUGAGGAUAGUAGGCGCAAUAUAAUAUAUAAUAUUGUGAAUAAAAUUUUGCUAAAUUUAUUUAUUGCAUCGAUGCUCCGAUACAAACGUUAGCAGCGCAAAGUUAAAUCACCUAUGUAUGAUAUUCGCUGAUAGUGCUUUAUAAAUCAGUGAUUUCGUUCAAGUAGUAUUCGAGUUUAUUCGUAACAAACAUACAAAAGUACUCGUUUAUCUUUAUAAGGUAAGUAUAGAUAUGUGUAUAUAUAAAAUUAUUUAUUGUAUUUAUUACGUAUAUGUGUCAAAAAAGAUACAAUCGCAGGUUAGGUACCUUAUUGUUGAUGAAUCAUAUUGUGCUGAGAAACAUUUAAAGAGAUAUUAUUGUCUGAAAAAUCUAUUAGUGUCAUAAAAUUCUCAUCCAUCAAUCAGUUGGCAGUGGGCGGAGCACGAAAGUGCGAGCGUCGCCCGCCGCUGCCAGUCUGCGGCGCGCGUUCAUACGGUGAACCGAGCUUCGCGCUCGCUGUUUAAUUUGAUACGAUGCCGCUUUUUUCCGAACAUAUUUCGAAUAUGUAUUACAGUGGAACCUCUUCUUACUCCGGUGUGCCCUACGGCACGGGCUACGGCGGCUCACCUUACGGAACGUCUUACAGUGCGUCCUAUUUGAAUCCCGGAGGCAGUUAUAGUAAUCACUCAUCUUUGGCCCCAUAUACCAGGACGUUAUCGUCGAGGUGGCUCGGUAGAAAUUACUCUCCAAUACUUGGCACUAUUGCGGAAAAAGGUACAACGAGCCCGGUUAGAAUCAAUAGUCCUAGAAGAACCCAAGUUCCAAGAUCAUAUACAUCACACAUAUCUAUUCCAACUAGUUAUUCAUCCCGACCCAUAAAUAUUAACACUGCAGACAUUGAUGUUUCUCGUGACAAAUACCGAAAUAGAUCCAUAGCGAUGCAGUCUAUGAGUACGGGAUCGUCGCGCUGGAGCCCUACGUCGGGAAGAAACAAAGAAUCAUCGCAAAUGUGCGAAAAACCUAAGACAGGCGUGGAUUCGACGACGGGUUCUCAUCCGCAAAGAUCAACAAUAAAACGAGAUCGGCCGGUCGUUAGAUUACACACAAUUAAGAGAAAAGAUAGAGACUCGCCACGUCAGCCCGUUCAAUGUGUUUCUGAAGAAAAGUGUAAAAGUCACAUUGAGCUCAAUAAUACAGAUGAUAGUAAUAAACCAGGACUAAAAUGGAGACAGCGACUUGCUGAUGAUUUGACGUAUAAAAAUAAAAAAGAUAAGAAAACUAUAGGUGAAAUGUUAGUGGAAAAAUUUACUCUAAAAAAUAAGGAUGAUGAAGAUUUAGAAAAUAUAAAAAUUGAAAAUCGCGAUGAAAAUAUAAAAAUUAAAGAUGUUAUGCCUCCGUCAGAAAAUAUUGCAACUAUAGAUAAAAGUAAAUUAACCAAUAGACGCUGUUCUAUGGAACAAUUGGCAGAGCAAGCUUCGUUAUUAGAUUCAUUAAUUAGGAGAGAGAAUUUGAGCACUGCAACUUUAGAUUUAAGUAAAAUUGCCACUGAAACUGGUGAAAAUUGUGAAGAUGUCGUCCAAAGCAAAAGAAAACUCGCUGACCAACCAAAUCCUCUAAAAACAACAAAAUCAGUUCAUUGUUUUAUGUCGAAUCCGGUGACUAAAAGGAAAAGUUUAAGAAAAUCUACUUCGGGGGAUAACAUUCGUAGAUUGGAUCGAAUAUCAGAAUUACCGCAGAUUCGUAAUGAAAACCUAGCCAUCGAUGAAAUAAAAACUUCAUUGAAAACAUAUAAUGUUAAAAAUACAAAAAGUAAACCGAAAAUAAAACAAAAAAUAACCUCUAGUGUAGACAUAUCGACGCCGCCGAGUCCCUUAAAGUUUAUAGUAGAAGAUGUCACAGUAGAAGAAAAACCAUUAAAUAAGAGAAAAGAAGUUGUUUAUAGCAGUUCUAUAGAAGAUAGUAAUACAUUAAAUAAUUUGAAUGAAAUUCAAACUAAAUCAAUUAAAAGUAAACAUCGAAAAAGCGUUAAGAUAAAGCCUAAAAUGUCAACACCAAGUCUAGAAGAAACAGUUUCACCAGAAUCGGAAGAUGUAAACUUUUGGGGAAAACUGGGUAAACGAGAGACAAUUUAUUUAAUUAACAGAAAAAAAGAAAUAGACGAAAACAAUGAGCAAAAUAAGCGAUCAAUGUUAUGGUUUACCGAAGAAGAAGGGGAAUUAGAUAAUAAACAAGUAGCACAAAAGAUGUCACAAUGUUAUGUUAGUACAACAGAACCAGACACUAAAAAUACCAAAAAUACAAAGUUAAAAAAAGUCAAAGAAAAUAAUGAAUCCAUUAAUAUAGAGCAACAACCAUCAAACGCAUCAGUGUGUCACAACAAAAAUCAAUUAAUAAUAAAAGACAAUGAUAUGAUAAUAACGUCAACAAUUAAUAAAAAUCCAAGAGAGCAAGACGUACAAAAAAUCAUCCCUGUAACAAUAGAACCUGAAGACAAGAAUGAAUCCAUUGAAAUUAGUUUAAAAAACAAUGACACAAAGGCUUAUGAUUAUAGUUCAUGUAAUACUAUAUCAAAUGAAUCAAAGGAAUUUAAUUUAAGUACAAAUGGUUCCCUCAAUAAAACAUGUUUAAAAGAAGAUAUUACACAAGAUUUAGUGUCAAGCGCAUUUAAAAGUGAUGGUCCGUUAUGUACUCAUUCGAUAAUCCAUAAAGAAGUUUGUUCUUUAACACAAAACAAAUCUGAAGAAGCCUGUGUUGAUAAAAGUGAUAAUAGUCAGUUAAUUUCAGAUAGGCAUGAGGUCUUAGAGGGUGGUCCUUUCAGUUUUAGUGUAGACAUUCCGAGUGUUGUCAAAAGAGAAUCGGCGAAAUGCGAUAAGGCUAAGGUUGAAGCUGAACUCACAAUGCCAAUAAAGCUGCCGAGCGUCAAGAAACCAAUUUCAGACGUCAACGCCCAUCAACUGUUUGCUAAUAAAAAGCCUGUUAAAAACGUUCCUGCGCCGAAACCACUAAUAGCAACACCUCGGCCACUUCAAAAGAAAGCCCCGCAAGUCCUCUAUUCCUCUACUUCUUCAGAAACAUCUUCAUCGACUGAGUCGUCUGAAGAAGAGGACGAUGAGACGAGUGACAGCUCAACAGACUCUAGUGCGUGUGUAACGCUGUGUAACGCUGACGGCAGAACUUCUACUGGUUCAAAUGAUUCUGGAUUUGAUUCUUCGGCUCCAGGGUCUCCUUCGGCAUUCAGCUUUGUUCGAAAAGAUUGUGAUGUAAACUGCCAUCGGAAAUGCGAAAAGCUGACUGCAAAUCUAUGUGGAGUUAACCAGAGGCUUUUGGUCGAGGCUCUAGCUCUCCGCACUGCGUCUAAGAAAGGUGCCGAGCCCAGUUCGUCAUCCUCGGCCUCCGCACCUCACGGCCACACCCACGACCUGAAGCACCAAGAGCCCGAACAAUCGACGGCGUAUGACCUAUUCAAAAAGACAGGAAAAUUCACUCCUCCGGCGAGAAGCAUCCCCCGCUUUAGGAAGUACACCAUAGACGACUUCCACUUCACCAAGGUUUUAGGAAAGGGUAGCUUUGGAAAGGUGAUGUUGGCGGAGCUGCGAGACACGGAGUACUACUACGCUGUGAAGUGCCUGAAAAAAGACGUGGUGCUGGAGGAUGACGACGUGGAGUGCACUCUUAUCGAGCGGAAGGUGCUAGCGCUCGGCACCAACCACCCUUAUCUUUGCCAUCUCUUCGCCACCUUCCAGACGGACUCUCAUCUGUUCUUCGUGAUGGAGUACCUGAAUGGUGGUGAUCUGAUGUUCCACAUUCAGCAGAGCGGCCGCUUCCCUGAACCCAGGGCUCGAUUCUAUGCCGCCGAAAUUAUUUCGGGACUGAAGUUUUUGCACAAGAGAGGAAUAGUAUACAGGGAUUUGAAAUUAGAUAACAUCCUUCUCGACUUCGAGGGCCACGUGCGAAUAGCGGACUUCGGCAUGUGCAAACUACAGAUAUAUCUGGACAAAACGGCAGACACCUUCUGCGGCACUCCCGAUUAUAUGGCGCCUGAGAUAAUCAAGGGCUUGAAGUACAACCAGACGGUGGACUGGUGGUCUUUCGGCGUGCUGCUGUACGAGAUGCUGAUCGGGCAGAGCCCCUUCAGCGGCUGCGACGAGGACGAGUUGUUUUGGUCCAUCUGCAACGAGCUGCCUUCUUUCCCGCGAUUCCUCUCGGCCGAAGGCCUCGACAUACUCACCCGGCUGCUGGACAAGGACGCCCGCACUCGCCUGGGAGCACCGGAGUGCGAGCACGGAGACGUGCGCGAUCACCCCUUCUUCCGCGAAGUGCCCUGGGACCGUCUCGAGCGCCGCGAUCUUCCCGCGCCGUUCAAGCCCCGCGUGCGUCACCCGCUGGACACGCAGUACUUCGAUCGCGCCUUCACGUGCGAGCGGCCUCGCCUGACGGCCGUCGAGCCCCACGUGCUGCGCUCCAUGGACCAAGGCCCUUUCAAGGGCUUCUCCUACACCAACCCUAACGCCUCCGACCGGUGACCGCACGAGCUCGUCAAUGUUUUGUACUUAACAUUUUAUGAUUUAUUUAUUGUUCAGAAACCGAAAAAUAUGCAUUAGAUAUUAGAAGUAGGUCCUUUAAAAUACUCAUAGGUUAAGUAUUGUAUUAUAAAUAUUUAUAAAACUGUUUAUAAAAAAACAUUAAAAAUGAUGGACAUUA